AAACCCUCAAUCGCCCGCAGCCAGUCGCCCUGCAAAAACGUCGCUCUGUGCCUCCCACAAUUUGCAUACUUAAUGCAGAUAUGCAAGCGAAGUGUGAUUAAAGAAGAACAGAAGGAACACAGAAUGUGCGAUAGACCCGGUUUUCACUGUCGUUAGAUAAUGUCGAAAGUGCGUCGGUGAUUGGAGCGGAAUCAAGCAAGCAUUGCAACAGGCCACGUGCCAUUUUCAGGCGAAGGACCUAUAGGACAUAAUAACAAAAGUUGUCAUUAGCUAUUGCGGCUGCAGAAUAACAGCGCAAUAAUGGAAUGGAACUGGGACUGGGCGAUCGGAGGUAUUUCCGAUGAGAUUCCCAGAACGACAGGGCCAGAGUGCAUCAAUUACAUGUCAAACCGACGACGCUGGGUGGAAACGGUGCUGUUGUCCGCCCUUUUCAUCUUUAUAAUGCACCGUUCUUGGCAACGCCUGGCGCCAAUUAAGCUUCCGCCGCUUUGUGAGAUUCAAAAGCCACACAGUCCUACAAGACUGUUUCUCCUCAUCGCAUUGUCCAUGGUUUUUGGCAUUGAGAUGGGCUUUAAACUCUCCGGGCAGUCGAUGAUAUUCGCCCUGAAUCCAUGUCACGUGCAAUCCUGUCUGCAGAUCUUUCUCCUGGCCGCCAAGCCCACAAAGACCACAACAGCGCUAUUUCGGAUACAGAUGAGCAACCUCAACGGGCCGUUUCUGGCUUUUCUUUUCCCCGAGGUUGAGGGACGUACCUAUCCUUUUGAGCAGGCCACUUAUUGGAUCCAGCACGCACUUCUCUAUAUAAUACCGAUUUACAUCAUUCGGAGUGGAGUGUACACUGUGGAGGACCUCAGUGAAUUCCAUUGGUCUCACAUAGGUACAGCCUUUAUGCUGUUUUACCACUUUGUCCUGCUAUCCCCGCUCUCCAUUUUCACUGGCAUCAAUCUGGACCAUAUGCUUUGUGCUGCGAUGUCGGAUCCGUUCCAAGGCUCAAACUACCGGCUGUUCGCCUGUUGCCACCAGAUACUGCUGUGCCCGCUGUUGAGCAAGGGGACGGUGCUGCUAUUUGGCCGCCGGGGUAAGAGCAUUACUGGCUUAAACGGCCAGUCGGAAGCGAGAAACGAGGUGGCGCCUCAGUACCAACAAUUGACACCGGCAGAGUACACCACGCAAGGGGAAGCGCUCAUGCGGCACCGAUUUACCGACCAGGACGCGGACGACGAAGGACAUGCACAUAAUGCUGGCGAGAUGGCGUCACUAUCAGCCGAAUACACUAUGCCGACAACCAAGAUCGACUAGUACCUACAGCGCCUAUCACUGCGCCUGUCAAUUAACGAAUAACUUAUGGCAAUUUCAGUUGCAGAUAGCCGGGUAGCCCAAUUUUACUGAAACACGAAAAAUUUCAUGUGAGAACUGAAAGCUGAAUGUCUUGAACAAAGGCGUGUAGAUAAUAAUAAUUAAGGCAAAUUUCAUGCUCAUCGAGGUUAUACUUCUAAACAAACCAAAAAAAAAAAAAUUUUAAUAGUUACAUAUAUAAUUGUUCAAUACAAAUCAAUUUUUGAUGGUGAGCCAAGAGUUUCGACACUGCAAUUAUUAAUAGUGUACAUUUCCUAAAUUGUAAGCCCAUAGAGAAAAGGAAAUUAAUUUAAAAAUAAAAUCUGCCGGUAACGGUUGAGCGACUCUGGAGCGCGUAUGAUCUGGCAGCACUGAUAAAAAAAAGCUGAAAGCUAAUAAGCUGGUGAACCAGACAGCUGCUACCAAGUUAAUGAUAAACAGUUUAAAUAUAAAA